CCUGCUCUAAUAAAGGCCCUAAAUCUGCCAUCAUCGACUCUUCUUUUGCCGAUGCGCUCGAUGCGCAAAACUCAUCUCCGAUCCGGCGAUCCCAUGGAGUGAAGGAGAUGUUCUUCUACGCACCAUACUCCAGCCGGUACAUGUCUACAGGAGGUAGCAAGACUAAGAAGAUGGUUAUCUUUGGAAGAGAAUUUAGCUGUGGCAGUUUGGCACCAUUCUCGCUCGCAACAGGAUGGGUAAAUGUGCAACUGCAAUCUCGGCGGCAACUUUGGGGGCGGUCUUACUUGGCUGCAGCGGCGGUCUCUACAGUAGUGAAGGUGUCUCGCUUGGAGUUCGCAUCUGGAAUGGGCAGCUGGGCUAGAGGUCGGUUUGGAGUUCAGCGUUGAAUGAGGCAGCGUGGGAAGGGUUUUAUUUAUCUGUAAUUUUAGGGCAAUUUUGUCUCAUCAAUUCAUUUUUGGUCCUAUAAUUUAUUAGAGUCCUAUUUGUGCACUUCAACAUUAAUUUAGUCCCAUUUAGGGAAUUACCUCGUUUUUAAUUCAAAGAGGAAGGACAAAGAUUUACUUGAAAGUUUCUAAUUUAAAAAUAAGAUAAAUCUUUGUCCUU